UGCUGUUUCCUAUUUUCAGAUAUAUCUUCACUCACUAAGAAGAAGAACCCUCUGUUAGACCAGCUUGAUGAAACAGACUGUGUGCUGAUUUCAUUCCAGGACUAUCUGAAACCAGCACAACUCCAUUGGCUGUGCCUGCCCGAGGCUCUGCAAAGGACAGAGUGUUCGUCAUUUUAACCCAGAACAACACUGCCGACUUUCCACUCUGCAGCACACACAACAGCAGGUCCACUGGACCAACCCACCAUGGGAAAUGAAACCACAGACUUCACUGACUGGCCACUGACAACAGAAUUUGACUAUGGCGAUKCAACACCAUGCAUGGGUACUGAGGAAAGGCACUUUGCAGCAAAAUUCUUGCCACCUCUUUAUUCUUUAGUGGUGAUAUUUGGCCUGACAGGCAACAUGCUUGUUGUCCUUAUCCUGGUAAAGUACAAGAGGCUGAAGAGCAUGACUGACAUCUACCUGCUCAACUUGGCAAUUUCYGAUUUGCUGUUUGURUUUUCUCUCCCUUUUUGGGCUUAUUACACAGUUCACGGCUGGAUUUUUGGGGAAGCAYUGUGUCGAAUUCUCUCAGGUGUCUACCUCCUUGGCUUCUACAGUGGCAUCUUUUUCAUAAUCCUGUUGACCCUGGACAGGUACCUGGCCAUYGUGCAUGCRGUGUUUGCUUUGAAAGCCAGGACAGUUACCUAUGGCAUUCUYRCCAGUGUUGUCACUUGGGUKGUUGCUGYUCUUGUUUCUGYUCCUGGGGURRUAUUUCACAAAACUCAGAAGGAAAAUUCAGGUUAUACUUGCAGUUUUCAUUACCCAAGUGAUUCCACAAUAAAUUGGAAGUACUCCUUUAUUUUAAAGAUGAACAUUCUGGGACUUCUUAUUCCAAUGUUAAUUAUGAUUUUCAGUUACUCACAAAUUCUAAAAACAUUAUUCMGAUCUAAGAAUGAGAAAAAGCAGAAGGCAGUCAGACUUAUUUUUGUGAUCAUGAUUUUUUACUUCAUCUUCUGGACGCCAUUCCAUAUUACUUCUUUUUUGCAUACAUUUCAAAAUUCACUUUUCACCCCAGGUUGUGAAAUCAAAGGUCAACUGGCGAARGCACUCCAAGUGACAGAAGUAAUCUCAAUGAUCCACUGUUGCAUCAAUCCUGUGAUCUAUGCAUUUGUUGGAGAAAAAUUUAGGGGAUAUCUUUAUACCUUUUUCCGAAAGCAUGUUGCACCUCACCUUUGUAAAAAAUGUCCAAGUCUUUAUCGUGAAAAAUUGGAAAGAGUCAGUUCUACAUUCACACAAUCUUCUGCAGAACAUGACAUCUCUACUGGACUGUAAAAAUACAUCAGAACAUUGRUUAGUAAAUCUUGCAUUACUUCCUUUGCCUUAAGGAGAGCCUGUCAUUAUUUAAGAUCUUUAUGUCAACCACUACUGAAAAUUGUAUGACCCCAUGUUGUUGUGGUGAACUGCUCUCUGGGAUUACAGCAUUUUCCUUUGUUAAACUAAGAAAGUCAAUGAGUUCUCCAGGAAACAUUAACUGCAUAGCUGGGUCAYAUCAAGAUUUAAAUAGAGCCAAGGCCAAUAUGAUCAUUCUUCUUUGCAAAAUUCUGUCUACUGAGAUUUGAUGAGGGGAAAAUAUAACAUUAAAAGAUCUAAGGACUAAUAGGUCGUCUCACCAGAUUUUACUGGGAUUUAACCCAAGGAUUUAUCUGCUAAUUAGUAGUGAAGUCAUUUUUGAACAUAAUCCUUUAACAGUUAUUGCUAAAUUACAGUGUUUUGAUUUUUGCUUUUUAAUUUUAUGCCUGCCACAUCACUGUUCAGUUGCUGACAUUUUCCAAAAUGUGCUUUUAUUCAGCAACAUUGUGACUUUUGUGGGUUUAAUCUUUCGAGUUCACUGRCUGCGCAACAAGACAAUGAUGCACUGUUGAAAAGCAUGGGUUUGUUUCUGACAAGUCAUAUCUCUCCAAGAAAAACAACACUUAACCAAUAAAGGCAUUUCAGCAAUGAUCUGCAAGGUGAGAAUGAAAAUUUCCUUUGAAUUUGCUAUGCAAGAUUCUGUAURAGAAAAAUAUCCAGAUGCUGUGAAGGAUUUUGGAGACUGUGAGCACAGUACUGAGAGCAGACUUCCCAAGAUCUGGACAGGUAAACCAUGUGUAGAAGAAGGGCUCACAUGACAACACACGGUGCUGCUGUGUCAGAUUAGCCUCCUGCAUGGGAAAAACAUGCUCUUCACACACAUAGAAAGUCUGUCCUUUGGGAUACACUGCUAGGGAGACAGCAGCCUUGGGGCUGCAAAAGUAGCCAGGUCCAGACAAGGCAUACCUUCCUKCCUUCCCAGGAGAAGAGUGGCUCUAGCCAGCUGGUGCCUCGAUGAGAGCUGCAUGCUGGUUGGAGACUCGAGACCAUUGGCCUACUGGGGUACUAUGGCCAUACAUUUCUUCCACUAUUUAGAGUUGCCCUAUAAAACAAAGGUAUUUUAGGGACAUGGGCUUAGCAAAGAAGAGGAAGAAGGAGCAUAGCAGACAAAUUCRUACUUCAUAUUGUAAGGAAGUGCARGUGAGCACCCCUCAUGUAAGUGAGCUGUCCUGUUUUUUGCCCAUUUCCUUAGAAGGGCACUGCUCAUGCAUACAAGGACUUGCUCCUGGAAAUCUGGAGGGGCAGGUUCAACUAACCUCUAGCAAGGUAAAAAGACACCAGAAUGAAUUCCACACUACUCAACAUGUAAUGCAGAUGUCUAAAGUAGCAGCAAAUCCCCUCAAGGUCCCUAAGUGGUCAGUAGAGAGUAAGAAGUGCCUGAGCCAGAAUMAGGCAUAGAAUUUAAAUAGUCUCAGGGGAAGAUUAGCUGGCCAACUGCAGAAGGAACCUGGAAAUGCCAGACUCUUAAUUUAGGUAUCAGAUGCCUUAAUGCAGGUGAUGCAAAUACUCUUCACCCUCUUGCCUUAAAACGCCCUGGUGCUGCUUCGAUUAGCUGUCACCUCUUAUCCUAUCAGCUUUUAUUACCUGGCCACUAUCUUGCGAGGUUAAUAGCCACAGACUAAACAAAAGASCAAAAACUAUCCUCAAGGUAAAUUUUCUGGCUUGGAAAUAAUAUUUUUUCUUUCUUUUCUACUUUGUUUCACUGAACCAAAAAACUCCUUUAUGAUUUUGAAGCAUAGAUUAGUUCAGUGUGAUACAAAUCUUGCUGUAAUGGUGAUAUUUCUACUACGGUGUUUUAUUUUAAAUCCUUAUCUUGUUGGAAUYAAAUUUCUUUCUGUUUUUAUGUAAAUAUGGUGAAAUCAAUAAAAUCAGUGUCUGGAAAUCUGUGUAUACCCUGGAGCCCAUGUUCUCUUCAAUAAGCAAAAUGACAUCAGGUCCACUCUCAGAGUGGAGAUGGGAAAAAGGUGGAGCCAUGGGCACUUGUAAUAUCACACUUCAAACCAAGCAAGCAGAGAGMUUUCUGCCCAGUCCAGAAGCGACUGCAGCUGGCACAGCUUCUAUCCACCAGCAAGUUUGAGAAGAGUG